AGGGAAAAAGACAAGGAGUAGUGGGGUAGUUAAUGGACUAACGCUUGCUGGUGGCUCUCCUACAAGAAUGUGAUCCAGACCCUUGCGUAUGGAGAAGGCCCUGGGUUUCAGGCUGCUUAUAGCCAGAGAAGCCCUUUAUGGCUUCAAGGUCUCAUCUGUAAAAUGAGGGGGCUGGAUGCGAGAUCUUUCCCAUGCGGUAUGACUGGCAGCCUGGGCCCAGUGAGUUAAACCUCUGCCUGCAGAGGGUCUCUGCAGUCCGGCCUCGGCCCCUAGCCGGCCCUGCGUGGCUUGACGUCGGCUUUGCCACGCCUGCGUUGGGUGGUGACGCAGGUGGCCACGCCCUCGCGCUUACGUCACCGGCCCGGUUCCCUCUCCCGGGAGCGGCGGCGGACGCGCGGCUCCCGCCCCCUCCCCUUUCACGGGUUUUCCCCUCCCCGGUGGCGGCCGCGGCCCGAGCCUCUGCAAAGCGAUGGACCGGGCCCCGAGCGCGGGCUAGCGUGCCUGGGUGCCCGGCCAUGGGCUGUAUCGGCUCUCGGAGCCCGGCGGGUCAGGCAUUUCUUGGGACCACCAGUUGGCUGAGGCUCAGGGACAGAGACGGCUGCUCCAGCUAAAGCGUGAAGGGCCUGGAGGACGAUGGACUUGUCAGACGAGUCGCAGAGUGGCCUCGGACCCCGCGUGGGCUGUGGAGUGGAUCGAACUUCCUCGGGGCCUCUCUCUAUCUUCCUUGGGAUCUGCUCGGACCCUCCGAGGCUGGAGCCGGUCCUCUCGCCCUUCCUCCGUGGACAGCCAGGACUUGCCAGAGGUGCCGGGCCCCCAGUGUUGGUGAAUGUUGGAGACACAGUCGCGAUGCUGCCCAAGUCCCGGAGAGCCCUAACUAUCCAGGAGAUCGCUGCGCUGGCCAGAUCCUCCCUGCAUGGUAUUUCCCAGGUGGUGAAGGACCACGUGACCAAGCCCACCGCCAUGGCCCAGGGCCGAGUGGCUCACCUCAUUGAGUGGAAGGGCUGGAGCAAGCCCAGUGACUCGCCUGCUGCCCUGGAGUCUGCCUUUUCCUCCUAUUCGGACCUCAGUGAGGGUGAACAAGAGGCUCGCUUUGCAGCAGGAGUGGCUGAGCAAUUUGCCAUUGCAGAAGCCAAGCUCCGGGCAUGGUCUUCGGUGGAUGGUGAGGACUCCACGGAUGAAUCCUAUGAUGAGGACUUUGCUGGGGGAACUGACUCAGACAUGGCUGGGCAGCUGCCCCUGGGGCCCCACCUCCAGGACCUCUUCACCGGCCACCGAUUCUCCCGGCCACUGCGCCAGGGCUCGGUGGAGCCUGAGAGCGACUGCUCGCAGACCGUGUCCCCAGAGACCCUGUGCUCUAGUCUGUGCAGCCUGGAGGAUGGGUUGCUGGGCUCCCCGGCCCGCCUGGCUUCCCAGCUGCUGGGCGACGAGCUGCUCCUCGCCCAACUGCCCCCCAGCCGGGAAAGUGCCUUCCGCAGCCUGGGCCCAUUGGAGGCCCAGGACUCGCUCUACAACUCGCCCCUCACGGAGUCCUGCCUUUCCCCCGCCGAGGAGGAGCCAGCCCCCUGCAAGGACUGCCCGUCGCUCUGCCUGCCACCAGUGGGCAGCUGGGAACAGCAGCGGCAAGCCUCUGACGUAGCUUCUUCUGGGGUGGUGUCCUUAGACGAGGAUGAGGCAGAGCCAGAGGAACAGUGACCCAAAUCAUGCCUGGUGGUGGCAUGUGUCCCCUGGCUGCUGCUGGGGGCAGAGCCUCCGUGCCCAAGUGUGAGCACGAGGCUUCCAGCAGAGCUCCAAAGCCUAGAGGGCUCCUGGGAGCACUCACUCCUCCGUUGUGUGUUUUGCAUGAAAGUGUUCGGAGAGGAGGCAGGGGCCAGGCUGGGGGUGCAUGUCCUGCCCCCACUCCUGGGGUUUGCCGGGGGUUGCCCGGGGCCUCUGGGGCAUGGCUGCAGCUGUGGCAGACAGUGAUGUUCAUGUUCUUAAAUCAAAAAUGCCACAUACACAUUUCCUCCUCGGAUGACAUGAACCCCUACGGGGGUGGUUGUGACUGGGCUGUAUGGGACAGAGUAGGAGGGAACCCCCCACCCCCCAACGCCUCUCUCUUCUCUGCUUCUCUCCUCACUCCCGAGUCCAUGUGCAGUGCGUGACAGAAUCACUCCCACCCAGGGCCAGGGGGGCUGGCUCUUACCCUCCUGGAGCCUACGGAUUGAACCAUCCCCCAAGGGCCCCUCACCCAGCUGGGCUCGUGCUGUGCUUCACCUCUCCAUCGUCUCUAAAUCUUCUUCUUUUUCCUAAAGAAAGAGGGGUUUUGGUCUGUUCUUUCAGUCGGAUCUUCUCUGGGAGGCAUUAGAAUGAUGAAAGCACGUACCCUCCACCUGUUUCCUGGCCCCCGUGACGGGGUCUGGGCCCUUCCCAGGUCCUUGUAGGAUGUGUGGGCAGGGUCCUCGUGGCUCACAGCCCGCCAGACUGCUCCAUUCACCCCGAGUUCUCUUUAGGGUGGAGUUGGAAGAAGGGAUGGCUCUGGUUGCUACCCAGCUGUGACUUUGAUGUUCUUCCAGAGAGGGCCACAAGGGGGCCACACGCGUGGCCGGGCAGUUGUCUGCUGAUGCCUGAGUGGGGCAGGAACUGUGCCAAGGAGUGACAGGCAUGAGGGAGUGUCUCUCCUUGGGGAGGAAAGAGGGUAGUGCCUUUCUUGGCUGAACGAAAGGCCAAAGCUACUGUACUGGGGGCCUCUGCCCCAGCCAGGGUGUGGAUGACCAAGCAGUGGAGGCCUCUGCAGAGCCUGCAUUCCACGGAUAGCAGGCUCUGGAGUUUAUGGCCGCGAGGGGUGUGGGUGGCUGCAGCAUUUGGAACCUUGUAGGCUUUGGCAGGUAAGAGAGCCCAAGGUAAGAACGAGCUGAUGGGCACAGGCAUUCUAUAUACAAGUGGCUCAUUAGGUGUUUAUUUUGUUCUAUUUAAGAAUUUGUUUUAUUAAAUUAAUAUAAAAAUCUUUGUAAAUCUC